GUAAAUUAAUAAUUACAUUUAAUAAUGGCGUCAAACUUGAAUUUAAUAUCUUAAUUCAUUUGACCAGUUAUCACGCCGCUUGUAACUUUUUGGAAAAGAAUGGAUUAUUAUCGAUUAUUCGUGCACAUGAAGCUCAAGAUGCAGGGUACCGAAUGUAUCGUAAGACAAAGACCACCGGUUUUCCUUCUGUUAUGACAAUCUUUUCAGCACCUAAUUAUUUAGACGUAUAUAAUAAUAAAGCUGCUGUGUUAAAAUAUGAGAAUAAUGUCAUGAAUAUUCGCCAGUUCAAUUAUACGCCUCAUCCUUAUUGGUUACCAAACUUUAUGGAUGUAUUCACUUGUCAAUUGGAGCGAACUGAACUCAACCAUAGUGAUGUUUUUCAACUAGUUACGGACAUGCUUCUUGCUAUAUUAAAUAUCUGUAGUAAAGAAGAAUUGGCAGAUGAAGAGCUUAUGGAAGAAGAUAAAUCGACAGAUAUAAUGCCGAUAGAUGGACAAGAAAGGCGCCAAGUUAUUAAAAGUAAGAUCUUGGCGGUUGGUAAAAUGGCUAGAGUAUUUUCAGUUCUUAGAAAAGAAUCAGAGAGUGUUAUGGAAUUAAAGAACGUCACUGGAACUGGCAAAUUGCCUUAUGGUACUUUAGCUUUGGGUGCUGAAGGCAUCAAACAAGCCAUAACCUCUUUCGAAGAGGCGCGUCGAGCUGAUCUCAAAAACGAACGUUUGCCACCACCUCGAGAAGAAGUAAAUGCGGAUGCGCAAGCCAAAACAAAGGCAGCUAUCGAAGAAGCCCUUCAAGAAGCUGAAGAAGAUGAACAACUUGCAGAAGUUGCAGAAGUUUUCAUUCAAGAAGAU